GCAAAUACAUGUUAGAACGCGCCAAUAGGAUCUCACUAGCUUGUCCUUGGCUCUGCCGACUAUGAUUAAUUUGCUCCCGUUGGAAACGACUGGCUCUCUAUCUUGGAUUAGUUCUCAAAAUCUUUGUUUUGGCCAUACCUGUUAUCGACAAGUGGAUCCACGGGCUAGCAACAAGAGCUGAUGUUUGCUACGAAUAUAUAAACACAGCUAGCUAGCUAAAUUACCACAUAUUACUCAUUUAUAAGGAUAGUUGAUCGGCACAUCAACAAAUAACUAUGGAUUCUGUCAACGCUUUCAACUUGGAGUUAUUCGCCAUGAUUGACAUGAAGCCUCCAAUAUCACGAGCAAAGAUGAUGUCAGUUACUAAAUCAGCAAUCAAGGCUAUCAAGCUAUACAAGCAUGUCGUCCAGAUUGUGGAGAAGUUUAUCAAGAAGUGUAAGCCAGAGCUGAAGGUUCCUGGCCUAUACGUGGUGGAUUCUAUAGUCCGACAGUCCCGACACCAGUUUGGAGUGGACAAGGACGUCUACGGACCCAGGUUCCAAAAGAACUUCACCCCGACCUUCCAGAACCUCUAUCUUUGUCCACACGAUGACAAGAGUAAGAUCAUCCGUGUUCUCAACCUGUGGCAGAAGAACGCUGUGUUUGAGAUGGAUGUCGUCCAGCCCCUGUUGGACAUGGCUACUGGCUCUUUCGACCUUGCUCCCUCCCCCCAGGAGGACCUCCAGGCCCAGCCCCCGGUCUCCAGUACCUCCAUAGCAGCAGCCCAGCCCCCAGUCUCCAUAGCAGCAGCCCAGCCCCAGCCCACAGUCUCCAUAGCAGCAGCCCAGCCCCCAGUCUCCAUCGCAGCAGCCCAGCCCACAUUCCCCAGUGCCUCUAUAGCAGCAGCCCAGCCCCCUGUCUCCAUAGCAGCAGCAGCCCAGCACCAGGCCCAGCCCCCUGUCUCCAUAGCAGCAGCAGCCCAGCACCAGGCCCAGCCCCCUGUCUCCAUAGCAGCAGCCCAGCCCACAUUCCCCAGUGCCUCUAUAGCAGCAGCCCAGCCCCCUGUCUCCAUAGCAGCAGCCCAGCCCCCUGUCUCCAUAGCAGCAGCAGCCCAGCACCAGGCCCAGCCCCCUGUCUCCAUAGCAGCAGCCCUGCCCCCUGUCUCCAUAGCAGCAGCCCUGCCCCAGCUCCCACAACAGCUUCGUAACCCUGAGGCCCUGGCUGCCGUGGCCCAGCUCUUCCAGUCCGGACAGGGACACGAGCUUCAGAAGAUGCUUCUGAGGUUCCAGCCAGGGCAACAGAAUCCACCUAUGGUUCCCAACACCGUGUCUGACCAGACCCACUCACAGAUGGUCCAAGGCCAGCAUAACACACACCACACACAUCCUACAGAGCAGAAUAACUCACUAGCUAAGAAACUCCUGGACCGUUUUGAUUACGACGAUGAACCAGAAGAAGUGAAGAAAGAGGAGUUGGAUUCCCUUGUUCCAGGAAACGUUUACGGUGGCCAGUUUGCUGGUCAAACGCCGCCCAACAUGGAGCAGCAAUUUCAGGGCCAUAUGAUGGGCCAGCCUGGGAGGCAGCAAACACCUGGUGGAGGAUACCCUGGUCUGAACAAGGGCUACAACCAAAGCCAGCACACUGCCCAGCAGAACCAGGACCAGGGAAACCACAGAGAAAGGGAAGAUCCGUCUGGGAGGAGGGAUAGUAGGGAGGGGAGGCAGCGCGGCCACAGCAGGAGGUCACGCUCCCGGUCUGGCUCUCGAUCUCCCAGGAGAAAGAGGUCCAGCUCUCGCUCGCGGAAGCCCCGACACUCCUCCCAACGGUCCGGGUCUCGUUCCAGGGAAAGUCGCUGGAACUCCCCUCGCUCCCGCUCGCAGGAGAGGAAGGAGAGAGAGAAGGACAAAGACCGUAGACAGAAAGGUCUGCCCAGCAUCAAGAGCCAGACACUCAGUGUUUGCACCACGACUCUGUGGGUGGGCCAGCUAGACAAGAAGACUUCUCAGCAGGACGUCAUGUGUUUACUAGAGGAGUUUGGGCAGAUAGACUCCAUUAAUAUGAUCCCUCCUCGUGGAUGUGCCUACAUAGUGAUGGUUCACAGGCAGGAUGCCUACAGAGCUCUACACAAACUCGGCAGAGGAUCCUUCAAGGUUAACCAGAAGGCCAUCAAGAUUGCGUGGGCCUUGAACAAGGGUAUAAAGGCGACCCAUAAGAAGUUCUGGGACGUGGAGCGAGGUGCCACCUACAUCCCCUGGAGCAAAGUGAAGAUGGAGGAGCUGGAGAGCUACAGAGAGGGAGGCAUGCUGGACGCAGACACACUCUGUCCAGAAUGGGGAGAUAACGUGAAGGAGCUGACUAAACCAGGAGGACUGAACAAUGGAGGAGCGGACGCCAUGGAGACGGAGGGAGCUGCCACCGCCCACGUACAGGUAACACCCACUACAGGGGACCCAAUGAAACGCACCACAGACAGCAGGGUCCCAAUUAAACACACCAGUCUGGGUGUUCUGUCUCACCGUAGUGCCUCUCCAUCUCUUAGGAAGCAGACUUUUAUCCAGAGGUUUUGUGCCUUGGUUGUCUGUCUUUUUUUCUUGUUAGCUGUUAUUAAAAUGGCAGGUUUUAUAAGUAUACAUAUGCAUACACUUUUCCUCAACACAAAUGCAACAAAAUAUCUUUGUGAAUAAGUGGACCAAUAAAAAAAUAAAUAAUAA